UACUUAGCUGCCAGUAGCGGGGAAACUAAAUUCACUGAAACUGGUCAACGCAGUUUAUGUAGUUUGUAGCGAUACAGUGCUGGUAAUAAUUCCACGUGUUUCACUUCCAUCGGUUUUCUGGGGAAUUAAUAGUCCAUUUUUCCUAGUUUAAUGGUUAUGUCCUUUGCAUAGAGUGGAGAGAAAUAUUUGCAUGUGGAGGACAAAUUAUGUGGAUUAUUAACUAUAAGACUAUUGUUUGCUGGUAUUGACAGCGAGAUAGACUUAACUGGUAAUAUGCCUGCCUAUAUUUCAGCCUGAAAAUGUAUUGACUUGUUCUAGUAACAUGAAGUUUGAUAUGUAGCAGCAGUUCAGUGUUUUACUCUAUUACUUAGCUGACACUUUUACCCAAAGAAAUGUACAUGUUUUGACCCAUUUAAAAAGUAGGAAUUUUAGUUAAGUUAAUUUAGGAUUAAUAUCUCUCAACAGUAGAACACCUCCCAAGAUUUUAACCAGUUAUUUCAGACUAGAAGUCUAUGCCCUAUUCCACUCUGAUGCCUACUGCCUUAGUAAGGUUUGCAGGCUGUUAAUACUAGUGCAAUCAUUUCUAAUGAAGGCUAAUAAAGUAGGUUCAUUAAAAAUCUUGGUUUUCUUAAAAGAAAGCUUCUAUUACUCAUAUUUAUACUAUAAUUGCAGGCUUGUGCAGAAGCUGCUACUUCUCAGGUUUGUUGCGGUUCUGCAAUAAAGUUUAGGUUAACCUGGAUUUUUUGAGAAAUACAAGUAUUUAAAUGAUGUUAAAACUGACAUAGAUAUUAUUAAUGUAUACAUUUAUGUUUAUAGUAUAUUUAUGUUUAUAUUAUACAUAUACCAUAAUUAUACUAUAUCUGACCCGUAUAAUGAAUCUGGUAAAUUUUAGUUUUUAUAUUUAUAUUGGCAGUCUAGAGAAAUGUGACUCAACUAAUUGACUUAGAAAUAGUAGCAGUAAUAUCGACGUGCAUUUAAAAAUAAUUACCUUGAUCUGUGAUUGAAGUCUUGCAAAUUGGCAUUUAAAACACCAUUUAAGUAUCAGCUGUGGAAAUUAGAUAAAAUGUUGAAAUUACUUUCUUAAAUGAGUAUAUAAGCAAUAACGAGGUUUUGAAUCAAAGUGCAUUUCCUUGGGUUGGAGUAUCAUUUGUUCUGAAGUUAAUUUUUCUGUUAAUUAGCUGUUUUGGCAAUUUUACCCUUUAUUCACUUAGACAUUCUACUGGAGGAAUUCAUGUUAAGUACUAUUUUCAUGGACAUAGACAAUUGUGUAUUAGGAUUUGGCUCAGCAAUCCUCAGGUUAUAAUUCCUUGUUUGGUUAUCAGCUGGUUAUACUCUUUGCUUAGGGAGUGGGUAUGUAAAUGAUUUUACACAAUGAGGCUUUCUGUCUCGAGUUUAUAAGAAGGUCAUGCAGCUCUAGGCUGUUUAAUUAGCUAACAGGCUGUCUGUUCUUAAAUGGAACUGCAAACUGAGGUGUUGACUCGGUUGAAAGUGAACAGGAAUUUUCAGGCCUUUUGGAGCAGUUAACAUUGGUCUAUUUCUUAGCUCUCAGGUGUUUUUUUUUUUUUUACAUUUACAUUGUUACUAUAGAUUGUAAGAAACGCCUCACCUCUUGAUUGGGAUGGUUUUACAAGCUUUCAGGCAGAAUUGAAUUCACUUUAAUUAAAUGGUCACUUCAUGCAGUACUGGGGAAGUAGACAAUGCAGACUUAAGUGGGUUCUAAUUUUUUUUUAAUGACCUUUUAGGUUUUUACAUUUUAGGUUUUCUUGCCUCUCACUGUUACUUAGGCAAAUGAUAUUACAAUGAAUCAGUUUAUAUAAGUGUCUAUACUAAUAUCCUCAACAUUCAUUCUGCUUUAUUCAAACGCUUUCAGUACAUGCAUGCCAUCAUCAAUAAUACAGUGUAUCUCCAUAGACUCGCCAGUACAAUUAGAUUGUAUAUCUGUAAUCCUGUUCUGAUAGCCUUGGCAUCUUGCCAGGUUCGCUGUUCAUUGUAGCAAUUAAUUGUUCAUUGCCGUUAAAUCUUCACUCCAUUGAGAUCCGUUCCUCUAGCAAUUAAUAAGUGACCGACAGCAAAGCUGUUUUUCAUUAAAACUUUUGGUGAGCCAUAAUGUUUGAAGCAGCUUUGAACUUGAUAACUAUUGUCAGCAUUGACCAAAUCCAAAGUGAAGUUAUGUUGUUACCCAAUUUGUUUGAGAAAACAAUCAAGUACUGAAGUUGUUUUAUUUUCCAGUCAAGCAAUUUUUAAGGCCAAGGCUUUACCCAGGGACAGUUAUAGCUCAGCGUUUCUUUUAAUUUCAGCUAAAGACAGUAUAAAGUUUCAUUCCCUUGUGAAGAAGCUCUGGAAUUGGUCAUGCAGUAAUUUGGUAUCAGAUGCUGGUUCAAACCUUUGUAGACUGAAAUGUUCACUAUGCGGACAGAAUGACUUUAGGUUUUUCUCAGCUGAGUCAUACCCAGUAUUCACAGUGCACUGUCUGUCUGCAGUUUGCUUUGCCCAUAACAGUGCAAGGGCAUGGUGGUCCAGGCCUGUAUUCCAAAGUCUCAGAGGGCUCCUCUUUUAACCACAGGACUCCCAUUGAAGAGAUUUCCCCCUUUCAGGCCCCCUGCACACAUGCUGGCACUGUAAUUUCCUAUCAUUAUAAAUGUACACUCAUCAGUAGAAGGUUAAAGGUAUUUAAAAUGAGCAGUUUCUGAUGUUUGUUUAGUGUGACAUUGACUCUUAUUUGCCUUGGUUGCAGUGAAGAUGUUAAGAAAAGCUGUGGUGGUUGUUGAUAUAUGUGCAGCCCAAUUGUGAUAUGAUUCACUUGUGUAGCUUAAAUUGAUAUUUGCAUUUGGCUAGGAAUGUUAAGCAUGUUCUGUUUGCAGUUACUUGAAUUGUGUUUAAAAUAGCUUGAGUUUUUUCUGUUUUUGCUAUACUUUGGUAUGGAUACUGCCAUUGUUUUUUUACAUUUAUAAUCCCUAUUGUUGAAGUUUUGCAAAGUACUAGAUGCAUGACGCGAAAGGACCUUCAUGUUGACUAGUGCUGCAGUGAGCAAGGAAGGGAUUUUUAAAAUAGAGGAUGGCGAGCUGGAGGAUGGAGAGAUAGACGAUGAAGGGGUCAGCCUUGAAGAUGAGGCAAAAGAAGUGAAAGAAGCUAACGAAGAAAAAGAGAAGGAGAAGGAGAAAGAUGACAGAGGCCACAGACACUCCAGGAAGAGAUACAAGAAGGUGAAGGAGAAGAGGCGAUCCAAGAAGAGAAGGCGGGACAGGCAGAAGCAUCACUCCCCCUCCAGCUCAGACACUUCCGACAGCUAUGACUCGGAGAACGAGCGCCCGGAGAGAUCCAAGAGCAAAAAGUCCUCAAGCUCUUACCGUGACUAUGAUGGCCAGCACGGCCAGUCCAGUGGAAGCCACUCCAAGAUGCAGAGGCAUAAAAACAUUGACUAUGACAAGUUCAGCGACUACAGUGAGGAGAAGUACGAAUACGACGGGGAGGACGACGGCUAUUCCAAUGAGCCGUGCCACUACCGGCCAGGCAAGGAAGUCUUGGCGGCCGGUCUGGGUAAAGGCUGCCCUCCCAAGGAGCAGAUGAAGAGGAGCAGCAUGAAGGGAGUGCUGAAACAGCAAUAUCCUGGACCGAAAGGGAGGGGUCGGGGCGGAAUCUGCCGGGGACGGGGGAUACCCAACAAGAACAAGAAGCUGAAGGGCAAGAACUGGGGGCGUGGCCGGGGCCGGGGGGGCGACCAGGGGGGAGACUGCAUGAAGGAGGGGCCCCCAAGCUUUCAGAAGAAGCGUCCAAUCAUGACGCAGGAGUUCAUCAAUCAGCACACGGUCGAACACAAUGGUAGAUACAUCUGCAAGUACUUCCUGGAAGGAAGAUGCAUAAAGGGCGAUCAGUGCAAGUUUGAGCAUGAACUCGUCAUUCCGGACAAGAAGAAGGAGCUGUGCAAGUUCUACCUCCAGGGCUACUGCAGCAAGGGGGAGAAGUGCAGUUACAUGCACAAUGAAUAUCCAUGCAAGUUCUUCCACACUGGGGCAAAGUGCUACCAGGGAGAUAAAUGCAAGUUCUCCCACGAGCCGCUUACUGAUCUAACCAGAGAACUGCUGGACAAGGUCCUGAAGACUGAGGAGGAGGCUAUGGCUGAGGAUGAGCAGGAGCUGGAGGAGCUGAGGAAGCAAGGCAUCGCCCCCCUGCCCAAGCCCCCGCCGGGGGUGGGGCUGCUGCCUACGCCUGGCCCCAGCAGCCCUCAAGAUAUGGGGCCCUGCGGGAAGAAGAUUCCCUCCCUGUUUGAGAUUGUGGUUCAGCCAACUGUGGACCUGGUUCAGAAGAUCGGGCUCAGAUCCAAUUUCUCCUCCCCCCCUGGCCCUCAGUUCCCUGGGAACGGACCCCCACCCCAGUUUGCAGGAGGUGCGGACGACAUGCAGGGUGCUAAUAUGCUACCCCCGGGCACCAGCUGCCCCUCCGUCCCAGCUCCAGGCUCCCCCAGCGCCAUGGCGUGCCCGCCCCACCCCCAUAUCGGACCGCCCAUGAGCCCCCCCGGAGCAUCUCUGCAGCACGGCUUCCACCCAGGACCUGCCAUGCACCCUCCAGCAGCCCCUGGCCAGGCGGCCGCCUUUCACACCAGCCCUCACGAAGAAGGCCCCUCACUGGAACAGCUGCCCUUUGACUGCACCCAGGCGUCCCAGAGCAGCGCCGAGUCCAACGGCUCCGUCCCAGUUCCAGACUUCCUGCCGGCCGUGCAGAAGGCCCUGUUCAUGCGUUUGAGCCAGAAGCACCAGGAGGACGUGGCUGCGGGCGAGGAGGUGAAGGGGCCCAAGGCCAUCGGCAGAGACAAGGACGAAGCUACCGGCUGGUACUCCAGCGAUGAUGAGGAUGGCAACAGCAUGACAGCUAUCCUCAAAUCCCUCAAGAAGCAGAAUGAGAUGAUGAAGAACUUGCAGCAGCCUAAAGUGCAUCUGGCCGGCGCCCCAUCAGUGGGGCUAUGUGACCCCCGGCUGCAGAAGGACAGGGCCGCGCCCAGUGACCCUCGCACCAAAGCCGACCCCCGACAGCGGGCGGCGGAAGCACGGAAGGCCGAGGAUGCCUCUGCUGACCCACGGGUGACACGGGACCCCCGCAAAAUGAAACCCCUGGAGCCUGGAGGUCCUAAACAGGACAUACACCGCCACCCCCAGCUGCACCCCCCUGCCCCCUACAAGCCCCUGGCCGGAGAUGAGGAUGACGACAGCGAGCGGGAGCUGAGGGAGAAAGCGGCCAUCAUCCCACUGGAGCCCCGUCCGGGUGCGGCCCUGCGUGACCCCCGCUGUCAGCUCAAGCAGUUCAGCCACAUCCGUGUAGACAUCCUGCUGUCCCGGCCAGCCUUCGCUCAGACGGUGGUCUGGGCUCCCGAGGACCUGAUCCCACUCCUCGUGCCCCGGCAGGAGCCCUCCAUCAACCUGCCCCUGCCCCCGCUUAUCGCUGACGCCCGGCUAAACCGCAGCCUCGGCCCUCCCGUGGAGCCUGCCUCCUCUCCCCCACCCCUGGACCCUCGCUUGGCUGCUGCCCGCCUAAAGGACGGAAUCUCUAGGUCGGCAGGCCUCGCCUGCAGGGCCCCCGAGCUCAAGUCGCCCCCAGAGAAAUCCUUGGACCCGCGGACUCAUAAACCCCUGGACCCCAGGAUUAGCCGAUCGGGAAGUCAAGAUUCUAGGUUCCCAGUGUCCAAGGAUUCCAGUGGCAGUGGGGGGGGCAUUGAUCCGAGGUUACAGCGGGUCGCCACUGGAUCUGCCAUAAAACCAGAGCCGGAGAAGCUCCCCCCGUAUGCCCCCAAGCUCUCCUCCAGCAGUGGGGGGCUGGGCAGCCCUACCUCGCUGCUGGGUGGAAUCAGCCUGUAUGACCCCAGAACCCAGUCGGCUCAACCCUCGAGGGACGAGGGCGAAGAGCUGCAGAAGAAGCAUGGCAUCCUAAAGCAGCCCGUGAAGCAGGGAAGCCCCCAGCCAUCCUCCGCGUCUGCCCUCGACGACAAGCUCCACGAUGAUCUGUCAGACACGGGCGGAUUUGGGGGACUGGGCAAACCGUCUCGCCCCCCAGCCGCCCUGGUGUCCUCCCCGCCCUCCUCUCCCCUCUCUGGGGCUCAUGCUGCCCCUGCUGUACACAACCUUCCCAUCCAAGCACUGGCGGGGCUGAUACGGCCCCCUUACAGCGACCCACGGCAGGCCAGAGCAUCGGGGCAGGCAGCAGGAGCACCACAGGAGGAUGCCGAGAGCAGCGAGGAGCCCGACGACAGGCCCCUCAAGGAUGUGUUUAAGACGUUUGACCCCACAGUAUCUCCUUUCUGUCAAUAAACAAACAGCAGCUCGCAGAAAUGAAUCAAGAUGGCUCAUAUUUGUAAAUAUGUACUUUAGCGUUCUCGCUCCUCCAUGAAACACUAUUGAGCUUUAUAUAUUUAUUUAUUUUAAAUGUAUAUAAUUCCUAUCUCACAGGCACUAAUAAAAAUGAGCUCUUACUGUUUUUAUGGUUUCAGUUAUUUGUGUAUUGAUAGAGAUGUACAGGCAGAAACACUCAGAGUCAGUGCAGAAUGGUCUUUAAAAUGUUUCAGUGACGUUCAGCUACUAGAGCAUUUCUGCGAGGUUCAGAGAGCAGUUUAUCGGGGUCCAGAGAUGGUUAGCGAACCACAGGUAUAUAUAGUGAAUGUGAUGGGUAAAAUAAAGAUUAUUUUGUCAGUAAUUGUGCAUCAAAGAUAUGUAAGCUCUUACAAGUGCAGUAUUAUGGUUUUAACCUUUUUUAUUGUGUGCUGGGAAAAAAAUAAUUUUAGAGCAACAGUAUAGAAACUGCCACUUUUAUAUAACUGAAGAAUAUUUAACUCGUUAGUAGAAAGAAAAAUAUCCCACCAACAACUUGUCCAUCACCCAUAUUUUGCUGCUGGUACUGAGACUUUUCUAUUUGGAUUUAUUGCACACAUGACAAUAACGAAUGUUAAAACCAUAAAACAAUUGAGUUUCAUUAAAAAAAUAUAUGUAUUUUUUGGCUUUAUGGUGCUAUUUCUGUUCUGAAAUUAGUGGCAUUUUUGUUUUUAUUAUCUAAUAUGGCUUACUGUAAAUGGCUUAUUUUGUAAUAUAAAUGCAAUGCUUGUCAUCAACGGUUCUUUUUGUUGUUAAAUUGGAUGUCAACUGUAUUUGACUAGAAAGAAAACUCAGUCUAGCUAGACAUGGUAUGUUGACUUUUUUUAUUCGUCUUAAAUAAAAGAAAGGAGACGUCUGCAGAU